UUCCGCAUAUCCCCACCAUGUUGCUGAAGUACUUCUUCCUAUCAUUUCGUGAUAAAUUGAGUGAACCCAGUUCAACCGACCCUGUAACUCGCAGGUAAUUCCGUGGCGUUCGCAACUACAAAUUUCCUGCGGUGUGUUCGGUAUUCUUUUACUACAAAAAGAAGCAUAAAGAUUUUUACUUAUAAAAAUUGUGUUUGCUGAGAUUUGAGAGAUUCACCAAGUGGUUAUUCUUUGUUUACUUUUGCUGCUUAUAAGAAAAUAGAUAAUGGGUUCAAUACCCAACUUAUCCAUCAUAAGAGGUCCAACAAGACCAUUAAAACCAAAUUCAAUACACCGUUUAUUCGAAGCUGUUGCGCAAAAAGUUGAUGAUACGGCUUUAAUUUUUGAAGAUCGUAAAACAUCCUACAAAGAAUUAAACGAAAAAUCUAAUAAAAUCGCAAGAGCAAUUAUAAGAAGCGUAAAAGCUGAAAAUUUGCCAUCUAACAAUGACGGAGAUUAUAUCGUUGCUGUUAGUAUGGUGCCUUCGGAUAAUUUAGUGGCCGUUUUACUUGGAAUAUGGAAAUCUGGGGCUGCCUAUUUACCGAUUGAUCCAAGUUUUCCCGGCCCUAGAAUCGAACACAUCUGCAGAGAAGCUAAACCGUUUCUAAUUGUUUAUGAAAACGAUUCCGAUUAUUUUGUUAACCCGAAAAAGAUUUCUUAUAACAAUUUAAUUGAACGAGGAGAAAUUUUGUCGGGGGAUAAUCUUAAAUGUCAGGAUUGUUUAAGACAUGCUAGAGAUGAUUUGGCUAUUGUUUUGUAUACAUCUGGAAGUACUGGAAUUCCUAAAGGUGUUCGUUUACCACAUAAUAUUAUUUUAAAUCGACUUUAUUGGCAAUUUAAAACGUUUCCGUACAGCCAGUCAGAAAAAGUGGGAGUUUUUAAGACGGCUUUAACUUUUGUGGAUAGCGUCUCUGAAAUAUGGGGUCCCCUCAUAAAUGGAAUGUCUAUUUUGGUGGUCAAAAAAACAAUAACACAAGAUCCAGAAAAACUGGUUACCCUUCUUGAUAAGUACAAGAUAGAAAGGUUAGUCCUUGUGCCUUCACUUCUGAGGUCUCUAUUGAUGUACUUAAAAUCGCAGAAAAAACACGGAGCAUUAAAACAUUUACGACUUUGGAUAUGCUCAGGAGAAACUCUUGUGGUUUCUUUAGCUAAAGAAUUUUACCAUCACUUCCCAGAAAACGAACACAAAUUAUUAAACUUUUACGGAAGUACUGAAAUAAUGGGAGACGUUACUUUUCAUAUAAUCGAAGGAUUAAAGCAGCUAGAACAUCAAGAGAAAGUUCCAAUUGGAUUACCUUUAGAUAACACCAUUAUUUACCUUUUGGAUUCAAAUUAUAGGCCUGUUAAAGCUGGGGAUGUUGGUGAAAUUUUUGUUUCCGGCUUAAAUUUGGCGUCAGGUUACGUAAACGGAAGAGAUCCCGAAAAGUUUAUUGAAAAUCCUUUAGCUAUCGAUCCGACUUUUGCACGACUUUACCGAACCGGGGAUUUUGGUAAAAUUGAAAAAGGAACGAUUUUAUACGACGGAAGAACUGAUUCUCAAGUCAAAAUUCGUGGACACCGCGUGGAUCUUGCCGAAGUUGAAAAAGCUGUAAACUCACUUGACGAAAUUGAAAAAGGAGUGGUGCUUUGUUAUAAACCCGGUGAAAUUAAUCAAGCACUUCUAGCUUUCGUAACAUCAAACGCUUUAGUUAGCGAAAACCAAAUUGAAGAAAGUUUAAGAAAAAAGCUCGCUUCUUAUAUGAUCCCCCAAGUAAUUAUUUUGGAUGUAAUUCCCUUAUUGGUUAAUGGAAAAGUUGAUAGGCAAGCUUUAUUAAAAAGUUAUGAAACCGUUAAUAACAACGACGAUACUUGUUUUCAAGUCGAUAUUAAUUUCGAAGGUGUCCCAACGGAUAAAAUCGACGAAGCUAAAGCUCUCUUUGAAACUGUCGCUAACGUUUUAAAUAGAUCUGCGAGAUCGGCUAUUAGUGUUAACGCCAAUUUUUACGAAAUCGGUGGAAAUUCAUUAAACUCCAUUUUUACUAUAACCGCUUUAACUGAAAAAGGAUAUCACAUCAGUAUUGGAGAUUUUAUCGCGGCAAUGGAUUUUGGGGAAAUCCUCGAACGUAUGACAAAAACCCAUGAAACUUCUGUUAAUAUCAAACCACCAAAUUACACAAUGGAAAAUUUAAAAGACGAACACAAAUCGGCUGUUAUUGAUAUGAUCACAACUAGUUUUUAUCAAAAAGCUGAUUUGGAACAGUGGUUAAUGCCGGAUCUUUCAACGAUGGAUUAUACGGAAUUAAUAAAUGCAAUGUGGGAACCUUUAUUAGAAAAAAAUCUUUCAUUCGUCGCUAAAAAUGAAAAUGGGAAGUGCGAAGGUGUCGCUCUCAAUUUUGAUGCUAGGGAUGAACCGGAAGUAAAUAUUACGUCCAAAUUAACCGUUGUUUUUGAAUUCUUAGAGUUUAUUGAAGGUCCAAUAAGAGAUAAUAAUCUUCCUCCUGGUAAAGGCAAAAUCCUUCAUUCGUUUAUGAUGGGAACUCAUUCCAGUUUAACGCCGAAAGAAAAUGUUGCAAUUAUGCAUUAUAUGGAAGAAGAAGUUUUAAAAAUGGCAAAAGAUCGACAUUUCGCUGGUAUAUUAACAUCGAAUACUAAUCCGUUAACGCAACAAUUAGGGAGUGAUGUUUAUGGGUACCAAACGUUGUUGGAUUACCAAGUAAAUGAUUACGUAGCUGGAGAUAACACAAAACCUUUUGGAAUGGCACCUGAUGACCAACGAGUUAAAGUACAAUGGAAACCGAUUUAAAUAAGAGCUUUCAUUAAAAAUUAAGUUCCUUUUCUUUUUCUUAAGAAAAAAAUUUGCUGUGAAAAGUAUGUUGUUAAUUUUUCUAUUAAUUCUUUUUUUCGAUUAUAUUUUGGUGUUAUUUAAUAGCGGAGAGAUGAAAAAUUGUACAAAUAUCAUAAAUUCUUGCCCGUUUUAGUUGAUAUAGUUUAAGGAUUUAUUACGACUAACUAUUUUAGUUCGCACCAAAUAUAAUGAGCAUUUAUUAGAGUAGAAAACACACAACUAUUACAUAUUUAAAACUCGUAGGGUUAAUAAUGAUUGUAAGAUAAUAAUGUAUAUUUUAAAAAUUGUAUUAGAUUCAUUUUUGAAUGUGAUUAUAGUAAUAUAUAAAAUUAAUAAAAUUAAA